AUAAUCAGGCUUUUUCAGUGAGUCUUAAAGCAAAGUGUUUUUGUAAGUUUUAGUUUUUAAAGAAUUGAAUAGUAAAUACCUGAUAUGGAAGAAAAUAUACCAGAAGUACAAGAAUUGGAAAUUGAAUCAAUAAUUGGAUUUGAUGGAAAUGCAAUCAACGGAGUUCAAGUGCAUCCAGAUGGAAUACAUAUUGUGUAUCCGCUGGGGAAUAAAUUAGUCGUACAAAAUUUGAGAACAAAAACCCAGUCAUUUCUGGAAGGACACACCAAUGUCAUUUCAACAGUUGCCAUGUCGAAGAGUGGGAAAUACAUAGCUUCUGGCCAGAUUAAUCACAUGGGAUUUAAAGCUAGUAUAAUAGUAUGGGAUUUUGAGCAGCGUAAAGACGUUUUCAAAAGCGAAGGACAUAAAGUGAGGGUACAGAGCGUUAUAUUUUCAUGUUGUGAGAAUUAUGUAUAUUCUCUUGGUGGGCCAGAUGACUGCAAUAUUCUAGCAUGGAGUAUAGAACGCCAAGAGGUAAUUUGUGGGAGUUUCUCUUCGAGUCGUAUAGCCGGGGAUGCACUGACACUCUGCGCCACCAAUCUGAGGGGAGAGUGCUUUCUAUCAGGGGGGGAGAGCAACCUCAAACUUUGGGUGCUGGACGCACAUGCCAGAAACUUCAAGUCUAGAGAUGUGCUGUUGGGAAAAAUCAAACGCAACAUCACCUGCAUUCAGGUGGACAAUAGAGACGAGUACGCGUACUGCGGCACAAGCACGGGCGAUCUGAUCAAAAUCAAGCUGAACUACUCGCCGGACGUGAACCAACUGGAGCCGUUGGCCAAUCCGGUGCUUGUCGGUUGCUACGGCAAGAUCCCGCGCAAACAGCGUCGACCAAUGGAGAAGGAGCCUGAGGCCGAACGCUACAGCCUCGGAGUGCGCGCUCUCCUAUUGGCCGAGAAGGAGCGAAUCAUAAUCGGGGCAGGCGAUGGGACAGUGGAGGUGGUCGAGGAGGUCACUGAUAAGACUGCCGGACAGUACAAGGUGCACAGUAGACUUAUCACGCCUUCGCUGCCCAAGUUGAGGAAGAUUUCCUCAGUGAACAUUGAUGGCAUGGUGUCAUCCAUACAACGCCUCAAUCAAAAUCUCAUUGUCGGAACUAUGAAGAGCGAACUUUUCCUAAUCAAUAUGCAGACAAACAGCAGGCAGAUGCUCCUCACAUGCCAUACUUCUGCCGUAUACGACCUUGUGUUUCCCAGGGACUAUUCGCAAGUAUUUGCUACAGCCAGCAAAGACGACGUGAGGGUGUGGAACAUAGAAACAUCUCGCGAGUUGCUGCGCAUAAGUGUCCCUAACUUCACUUGUUCCGGCAUCGUCUUCUCGUACGACGGAAAGUCCAUCAUCACGUCUUGGAAUGACGGCACCAUAAAGGCGUUCACCCCGCAGACGGGGACUCUCAUCUACACCAUUCUCAAUGCCCAUAACAAGGGCGUCUCAGCUGUCGCCAUUACAAGUGACGGCAAGAAAAUUGUUUCAGGUGGAGGGGAAGGACAAGUUCGAGUUUGGGAAAUAAAGCCGAACAAACAAAGCCUGCUGGCUGUUCUGAAAGAGCACAAGGGUCCUGUCUCAUCGAUUGACAUCAACUGCAACGACAAAGAGGCUGUCACUGCCAGUAGUGAUGGAACUUGCAUCAUUUGGGACUUGGAGAGAUACGCCCGCACAGCGAUUCUGUUCUCGUCAACGCUGUUCAUGUGCGUGCGCUACCACCCGUCAGGCUGCCAGGUGGUGACUUGUGGCACCAACCGACAGAUCGGCUACUGGGAGGUGUACGACGGAUCGCUGAUCCGCGAGAUCGAAGGAUCGGCCUCCUCGGCACUCAACACGCUCGACCUCACCGACGAUGGUCACUACUUCGCUACCGGCGGCACCGAUCAAUACUCAAGAGAGGUAUGGAGAUACCGCGAAGGCUUGACCACCCACGUAGGCGUGGGUCACGCUGGUGUCAUCACAAGCGUGCGAUUCAGUCCCGACCGAAAGCGCAUAGUCAGCACAAGUGCAGACGGCGCCAUCUUUAUCUGGGCGUGUCCUCUGCCCAAGGAGCCGCCUGCGCCUAAAGCAGCGGCUGUGACGUCAUCGCGAGGAGGCAGUCUUCUGGACAGACCGCUCGGCGCACGCGCCAACUCCAUUGAGACCAUCAAGGACAUUUCGCCCAGUCAGAGUGUGCGCGCUACGAGUCGCCAUGAAGGCAUGGAUUCGCCCCCAGCGGGCAGCAAUUUCGAAAAUGGAGUAGUGAAAUGCUAUUGUAAAGAUAAAUGCAACUGCAUAUCUGAAAAAGCUAAUAUCACAGCUCAGUGCAACUCAGAUUCUUCUGGGAGCGACCAAAGAGAAGGACAGCAAGAUAACGCGACAAAGACAAAGAACGCGGAUAAUGAGAAGAGACCAAGUAUAAACAGCAGCUGCAGUGGAUCAAAAAAGUCUACAGUUCGAAAAUUCUGCUAAGGAAACAUCUAUACUUCUCUUGUUUAUUAUAAUUGAACCAAUAGAGAAUUUCAAAUUCAAAUGAAAAGUAGAAUAGUGAUCUACAGACAGAUAAUAGUGAUAAUUAUUGAAUAUAAAUCAUUAUAACAAUCGGUCAACCCAAGGAGUAAAAGCUUGAUAAAUUGCAAAUUUAAAUUUGAAUAAUUCAUAUAAUGAGAAUUUCUUAUGAAGAGUAGUCAUCACGAUCAACUUACUUGUUGAAGAAAGUUUAUUGUACUAAAAGUGUUUUUUUUGAGUAUUUGAUUAUUUUAUAAUAACAGCAGACUGACAAUAAUUAAUUGGAAGUCAUUCAAAUACUGAGUAGAUGAUCAUGGAGAAUUUAGGGGAACUUAUGAUAAUCAUGAUGCAAGUUACAUUAUCGAGAAAGCAGCUUACUAGGAGCACAAUCUUUAAAUUCGACCAACCAAUAAAACUUGAAGAAAUUUCUGCUUCUUUUCAGACUACGUUGUACAUUAUAAAUAGAAAAUUAUCUUUGAAAGAUGUAGAAUAUUUCUACUUUAAUAAAUACGACUUAGAAGAAUAUAUACAUCACAUCUUGCAACGAUCCUGUUUAUUAGUAAGUAGUGUUUAUUAGUGAUUUAUUAGUAAUUUUUAGCUACUCAUACCCAAGUCCAUAAUUAGUACCUAAAUACUACUAAUUAGUGGUUGGCAAGCCUGUCUUGCCUGUAUUUAUUAUUAUUUUUAUUAUUUACUACUAAUUAGUACCAUAAUUAGCUACUCAAACCACCCCAUAUAUUAUUAUACAUAAUAAUGAUGCAUAAGUCAACUGUUUUUUGUUAGUAAAAAAUAAAUUAGUACCUAAAUACUACUAAUUAGUACCAUAAUUAGCUUCUCAAACCACCCCAUAUAUUAUAAUAAAAUAAAGUCAAAUAAGUCAACUGUUUUUUGUUAGUAAAAAAUAAAUUAGUACCUAAAUACUACUAAUUAGUACCAUAAUUAGCUACUCAAACCACCCCAUAUAUUAUUAUAAAAAAAGUCAACUGUUUUUUGUUAGUAAAAUAAAUAAUUAAUCUUACUUGCAUAAAAACUUCUAAAGAGAAUCAGCGGCCACAAUAGGUCAACUUUUGAUUCAACAAUUGAGAAAUCGCCAACAACUUGACAAAUUAUUGUUAUACUCAUAAUACUAGUUAUUAAACUAAUCAGUAAAAGCAGAAUGAAACUACAGCAUUUGAUUCAAAAUAAUUUCAUUUUCAAAGUGAUAAAAACAGGUAUAUUACAAUGAAUGAUACAUAAAAAUACAAAU